UCGCGCGUGGGGCUCGCAACGGACAUGACGAAGAGGGAAGAGAUUCCCGAGAAAGACAGUCUGGCUUGUGAGCCUGGCCUGCCUGGCGGGACAAUGAUCAGCUGUCAGGCACGCAGCUUACAGUGUUAUUCAGCGUCUGCUACUAAGUCAGCCGAACUCACCAUGAGCACGAAUGUUGAAGCACAGAUAGAAGGAAGACGUGCAGCGUUUGGCCACCGGACAGUGGUAAAAAUAGUAAUCUCUUAAAAAAAUCUAUUAUCGUUUAUUAGUUUCUAAUUUUGAGUGAAAAAAAAAUAUUGUUUAUUACGAUAGUAAUAAAAAUUAAAAUAAAAAAAAAUCAACGCAUCUCACAAUCAGUAACAUUGGGAAAUUCAAGUAGAAAAAGAAGAAGUAUUCGUAAAGUAUCCAAGAAGAAUCAAACCAAAGAUUAUUGUGACCGUGUGCGAUAUAUAUUGAACAAAUAAAAAAAUAAAUGAAGAAACUGAAAAGAUAAUUUACCUGUGACUAAUUUUUUUGUAACAAAAAACAAAUAAAACACAUAUAAAUAAUUCAGAGAAUUUAAACUUAGCAAGCAAAGACAAAGUUUAAAAAAUGACUGAUUAAUUUUAAGAAAAUCUCCUGAUUGAAAGACGCAGUACUGUCUCGCGCGUGAAGAUAUAUUUUUCGUAAGUUAUAAAAUAAGGCUAGCCAAAUAGUGAGAGAACGUGAAUUGAAAGAAGUGUAAAGUGAUUUGGACAAAAACUAGACUAGUUUGUGGCUUGAAAUAUCCACCAAUGAAUUGUGAAUCUUGCGAUAUAAAUCGAUAUCGUGAUAUCGGUCUGUGAUCGAUUGCACUGUUCCGUAAGUGUGUUUGUAAACAGUUACUUCAACGAAUCGUCUAACAGUUAUUCAUAAAGGCUGAGCGAAGAUGACAAAGUUUAUUUUAAAUCACGAACAAAUACCAUGCAGUCCAUACUCGGCCUUCAGUUCAAACUCGGACGCAGGACGCGACGUACUCUCGUCAUCUUACAAUUCGAUGUAUCCGUUUUUCAAUACCGUGUCAUCUGAUUUAAAAGAUGAUACGAAUUUUAUCGGACAGCCACCCAAGGAAAAGGAACACGUUAAGAGGCCUAUGAACGCGUUUUUUUUGUGGGCCCAACAGAAACGGAGAGAGAUUUCCCAGGAGAAUCCAAAGAUGCAUAAUUCGCAGAUCUCGAAGAUUCUCAGCGAGAAGUGGAAGAAACUCACCGACGAAGACAAGGUCCCCUACAUCAAUCGGGCGAAAUGCCUUCGCGUUCAGCACCAGAAGGACCAUCCGGAUUAUAAGUUUCUACCAAGAAAGAAACCAAGAAGGAAAAUUCUAGCGAACCAGUUUGAAAACAUGAACAUACCUUCGGGGACUAGUUUUCCGCAACCAGUUCCAUAUGUUCCGAUGUUCGAUCCUACGGCCGUGUCUCAUAGGCCUAUGCUGCCCUACGGCUCGUACCAUCCAUAUCACGGGUCCGACCACAGUAAGGUGAGGAAUCCAAAUACAUCGUCUAUGUCGGCGGUUUCGGCUGACGGCAACGAGAACGCGUCCUUGAACGUCAAUCGCUUACAUCAUCUCUACCCGAUGUCACCGACGGUUGGUAAUCCAACGGCAUGGAUGAACCCGUUCCUCCCGACCGGCCAUGCUGCAUUGGGAGCCAACAGUCUUCGUUCUGAAAUGAUGUACCCCUUCACGUCUGGAUCUAUAAGCAACAAUGACAGAUUUGACGCCAAUACUUAUGAUACCAAUGUAUCACAAUCUACUUCGUUACCAAUGUACUUCCCUGAUUGUGGGACACCGUCCAUGGCUGGAACAACACCCACGUUGGAAUGUCUACCUCAACAUAGGCUCAGACAUGAUUUGAAAACGGAUCCUGAUGAAAACAAUGAAAACAUACAGCUCAACUCCCCGCAAUGUUUCGCAUUGUUACCAGAUAAUGUUUUCUAAUUGCGGAUGCACACUUUUAAUCUAAUCUUCAGCGACGAUGCUUUUGGCCAAAUAUGACAAAUGCGGCGUUUUAACAAUGAAGAAUGAAGAAAUACAAGAUACAAUACGGAUUAUCACGUACACCUGCAAAAAGCAAUAUAUUUGAUAAUGAUGUUAUUUUUAUGGAUUACAUUAUGUGAAGAUAUAACAUUGUAACAAACAGGAAGAAAAUGCGAGCAUUCUGGUAAAACAAAAAUAGCACAACCCGCAAGUUUUAUUAGAAUUGAAGAGAAGGGAGGGGAAUAAAAGACGAAGAAAGGAGUUUUUGGAGAACGCGCUAUCAGCACUAUUGCGUCAUUCUCAUUGCGUAAUUUUCUAUUUACUUUACGUCUAAACGACAAAGAUAAAAUGACACAAUAGCACUGGUAGCGCGCUUCCCGAACACAGCUUUAGAAAGGAUUAUGCAACAUGCAAUGUUUCGCUGAAAUUAAUUAAACGAUUUUAAUUUUGAUUUAAUUUUUUGUAGUUUUAUAAAAUGUGACACAUGCUAAUAAAUAGACAGUAAGUUAAACCGACAAUGGAAAAGUUCAGUUAUUAUUUUAGGAUUUUCUCAAUAAUUAAUGAGAAGUUAAUAAAUAAAGAUCUGCAAUAGACAACGCAGCAAGAAAGUACUCCUUUCAACAGCUCUCCGCGCGCAUAUUAAUCCAUGACUAUGUCUAUGUAAUAAUUGAUGCGUAAUGCUGUGCUGUUUCAUCCUGUACUUACGCGGCUGAUUCGUGCAAAUAUUCACAAAUAUUUAUUAAUUAAUUUCUUAAUAACUAUUGUGAUCCAAAUGAUAAAAAACUUUCUGUUUAAUUUUCCGU